UAAUUUUUGUUGUAUAAUUUGCAAACAAUGUGAGUUUCACAAAAAUUAAUGAGAUCCACAAAUUUUUUUAUUUUUUUUUUGCAGACAAUAAUGCCAACAUGUCAUCCAUUCAAAUGUGUAAUUUUUUUUUCCCAAUGAUUUUGAGUUUGCAUCAACUAAUCAAGUUGUGAGACUUUUUGUUAAUUUCCAUGUAACUCUCACCAAUUACAACAUAAAUGUGCUCAACCAAUCAGCUGAAGAUUAUAAGUGCUGUAGGCUGGGUUGAUAAUGCUUCUCCUACUAGAGGACACAGUGGCCUCACACCUCCAGGGUUGGGGGUUUGAAUCUUGCCUCCGCCCUGUGUGCGUCGAGUUUGCGUGUUCUCCCCAGUGCUUCGGGAGUUUCCUCCGGAUACUCCGGUUUCCUCCCCCAGUCCAAAGAUAUGCAUUGUGAUUGGCAUUUCCAAAUCGCCCGUACUGUGUGAAUGGGUUUGUGAUUGUGCCUUGCGAUGGGCUGUCUCCUGUCCAGGCUGUCCACCGCCUCGACAGGCUCCACGUGACCCUGUGUAGUCUAAGAGGUACAGAAAAUGGAUGGAUCGAUGGUUGGAUGUCCAGGUACCAUUUACUACAGAACAAAAAGUCCAUGGGGAGGAGUUGGACCUGAUCCAACUUCUCCUACCUGGAUACAACUUGCGUUUCAGGCUGGAUAAGUAUGUUUAAUGUGUUUUGAGAUUGUACAGCAUUGUGUGGGGUAAGUUUAUAGGAGGAGUCUCAGACUAUCUCCUGUACAUUUUUUUUUUUUGCAACAACCUCUGAAAAUGGAUGGAUGCAAAAUAUUUGAUGGUGAAUUUGCAUUCAGUGUGCAUGUACAAUCAUUCAUUUGCCACAGGAUGGCCAUGAAUUGUGAUUGGUGGGUGUGUUUCAUUUUAAUAAUGUUUAAUAACAUCUAUUUAAAAAAAAAAAAACAUUACACCCACGCGUACAGAGGGUUAGUGGUUGGCACGUUCGCCUCAUACCUCCAGGUUUGGGGGUUUGAUUCCUGACGUGUUCUCCCCAUGCUGUGGGGGUUUUUUCCAGGUACUCUGGUUUCCUCCCCCAAUAAGCUGAUUGGCAUGUCCAAAGUGUCCGUAGUGUGUGAAUAUGCCUGUGAUUGUGCUCUGCAAUCGAUUGGCACCCUGUCCAAAGUGUACCCCGCCAUGUGUCCCAUGCUCCCUGGGAUAGGCUUCGGGUUCCCCGUGACCCAGUAGGAUAAGCGGUAUAGAAAAUAGAUGGAUUGAUGUAAUUAUAAACACUUUAUACUCGGUUAUACUCCAGUCCACUAGGUGGCGUUUUAUACUCGAUUGUACUCCAGUCCAGUAGGUGGCAUUUUAUGCUCGGUUAUACUCCAAUCCGGUAGGUGGGGUUUUAUACUCGGUUAUACUCCAAUCCAGUAGGUGGCGUUUUAUACUCGGUUAUGUUCCAGUCCAGUAGGUGGCAUUUUAUACUCGGUUAUGCUCCAGUCCAGUAGGUGGCGGUAAUGCACCUUUCCGCUUGAUAUCAACCGCCUUUUCUGAAAGAGGAAGAGUUUCAUCAUGUCCGUGCGCCACAUUUGACUCAUAAUAGAAUGGAAAGUGCUAUUAUCAUCAGCAGCAUUACAAAUGUGUGAAAUUAAACAUACAUGUCAGUAAUAAUGUGAAACCACAGAGUUAGCAAGAGCUUAUUAGCAACAUAUAACUCGAGCUGUCUCACUAUGUUAUCCAGCUAAAGUUAACAUCAACAUCAACAACAACAACAACACGACUGGAGGCUAGAUCAGAUUGCAGACCUAGAGCCCUUCCUCCCAAGAGCAGAGAUUACUUUAACACCAAUGACGGCUUUGAGAUUUGCUUGAAUUAAAGUCUGGGGAUCAUGUUGCGUUGAGCAGAAAGUCAUCCUCGGUGUUCAGCUUCAUGUGCUGUGCUGAGGAGCGAUUCAGAAUGAGUGGUGCAAAUCAAAAGACUUUAUUUCAGACCUGGGGCUCAGCCGUUCCUAAGACAACCCUUCCGAGUAAAGAUCCAGGGAAAAAGUUACCCCAGAGGCGUAGAGCAAUCACAAACAGCCUGGGAAAGGCGAAGAAAAAGGAACGCGACAAUGCAGCAGCGCCUUCACUUUGGGCUGAAGUCGGCCAAGGGACUGCAGUCCACCAGGCAUCAAGACAGGACCAGGACGAGGAGAUGGACGACGUUGACGACGAUCUGAUCCUUGUAGCUGUACACGAGGCUGAGAAACGUCUGGAAAACCAACCUGAUUCAUCAGCUGACGCCUCAAUCGAGGAUCCCGCAGACGUUUGCUCGGAUCUUCCGGGUUUUGACGGUUCGUCGGGACGGAUAUGGAUCUAUCCGACCAACUUCCCAAUCAGGGAUUAUCAGCUGAAGAUCUCUGAAGCAGCCCUGUUGCAAAACACGCUGGUGUGCUUGCCCACUGGCCUGGGUAAAACCUUCAUCGCGUCAGUGGUGAUGUAUAACUUCUACCGGUGGUAUCCUGCAGGGAAGAUAGUCUUCCUGGCCCCCACGAAGCCCCUCGUUGCUCAGCAGAUUGAAGCAUGUUACAGAGUGAUGGGGAUUCCUCAGCAGCACAUGGCUGAGCUGACGGGGAGCACUCCGGCUCCACAGAGGAGGGACCUGUGGCGAUCCAGGCGUGUUUUCUUCCUUACGCCACAGGUCAUGGUGAACGAUUUGUCUCGAAACACGUGUCCUGCUCCUCAGAUCAAGUGCGUGGUUAUUGACGAAGCUCACAAGGCGUCAGGGAAUCAUGCGUAUUGUCAGGUGGUGCGGGAAUUAUGGAACCAGACGAAACAGUUCCGCGUCCUGGCUCUCAGCGCUACACCUGGCGCAGACAUGAAGGCAGUACAGCAAGUCAUCUCCAACCUGCUGAUCUCUCACAUCGAGCUGCGCUCAGAGGAGAGUCCAGACGUUCGGGCCCACACCCAUCAGCGCAGUGUGGACAAGAUUGUUGUCCCUUUAGGAGAGUCACUCACUGGAUACCAGUCUCGGUACUUACAGGUCUUGGAAAGGUUUACAUCUCGUCUGACCCAGAUGAGUGUGCUUAACCAGCGUGAUCUUCGCUCCCUCACAAAGUACCAGCUCAUUCUGGCACGAGAGCAAUUCAGACGCAACCCUCCACCACAACUCAUGGGAGCACAGCACGGGGCACUGGAGGGAGAUUUCGCUCUGUGUAUUAGCCUGUACCAUGGUUACGAGCUCCUGCAGCAGAUGGGCCUCAGAUCUCUCUUUCUUUUCACACAGAACAUUAUGUCAGGCUCUAAAGAGACUUCACGAGCCAGAAAUGAGCUGCAGCGCAGCCCCGUCUUCAUGGACCUGUACAGGGAAAUGGAGGCCAUGUUUCUCAGCACUCCCAAAGGGCCUGAGGAGCAGUAUUUCCACAGCCAUCCAAAACUUCAGAAACUGGACGAGGUGAUACAACAGCAUUUCAGUACAUGGGUGAAAAGUAGAGGCAGUGCUCCAGACUCUGGGGACAAAGCAGAGAGUACAAGAGUGAUGAUCUUCUCGUCAUUUCGCGAGAGUGUUCAAGAGAUCGCUGAAAUGCUUAACCGCCACCAGCCCCUUGUCAGGGUCAUGACCUUUAUGGGGCAAGCAUCAGCUGGGAAAGGGGUGCGAGGGUUCACUCAGAAGGAGCAGCUUGAGGUGGUGCGGCGGUUCCGAGAGGGCGGCUUUAACACCUUGGUCUCUACUUGUGUGGGUGAAGAGGGUCUCGACAUCGGAGAGGUAGACCUAAUCGUCUGCUUCGACGCUCAGAAAAGUCCCAUCCGUCUGGUGCAGCGAAUGGGCCGAACCGGGCGCCACAGGCAGGGGCGUAUAGUGGUUAUACUGGCUGAAGGACGAGAGGAGCGGAUCUAUAACCAGAGCCAGAGUAACAGGCGCAGCGUGAACAAAUGCAUCAUGGGAAGCAAGCAAAGCUUCUUCAUGUUCCCCCACAGCCCCCGCAUGCUGCCUGCUGGUGUCACUCCCACCCUGCACAAGAUGCACAUUACAUGUGGCCAGUUCGAGGCCAAAGAGAUCAGCAAGCGUUCCAGCAACGGCCGACAGUCACUCAGCAUGAGGAGAGCGUCUCUUCUCAGCCCUGACGCCCAAGUGGUUGGUGUGCAGGGGCGUGUGAAGGAGGAUGGCUUUCUCACCCCUGGUGAAGAGGCUGAGUGGUCAUCUACCAUGAAGUUGGGCGAGAAUGAAGCCCAGCCCAGACUCAAGCACUCCUCUUUCCUCUGCUUUAACGCAGAGCCGCAACAACUGGAUGAGUGUGUGGAGGGACCAGUGAGAGACUUGUCUCUUUGGGAAUGGAGACACUGGCAGAAUCAACCUCUUCCAACACACAGAGUAGACCACUCAAGCCGCUGCCUCCAUUUCACCGCCAUCAUGGAACUCAUUGACCAGAUGAGACAGGAGGAGGAGAGUGGCUGCAGAUAUGAAUCUGAGGUCAAAGCAUAUCUACAGAAGGAGGAUGUUGUUGGUUGUGAGGAGGAUGGCUCAGUAGCGAAACCUACAUGCGAAAAAAAACCUCGGCGGAAAAGAUCUGAACCUAGACUUGUUGGUCGAGAUGCCAGCCGUUCUGUCUCAAAAACUAAACUGGAUAAGAAGGACCAAGCAGGACCUCCUUCAUUGUUAAAAGACAAAGUGUCUUCCGAAUCGGACUGUGAUGCCACUAAAGAAGGUGUAAGUGUGUUUCAGUGUAACUAUGAUGACCUUGCAGCUGAUGAUAAUGCUGAUAAUGCCCUGCAGACUGAUGCAAAUGAGACUAAAAUCUCAAGGAAAGAUGACCAGCUACAUAGUUCUCCUGAACACACAAAGGACCUUAGGCCAAGCCCUGAUGCUUCCAUCGAGCCUGUUGAGGAAAUGUUCUAUUUACCCAAAUGGGAUGUCUGCCAAAAAGUCUACAAUUUCAAUCGAUCUGCUGGAAGCUUGGAAAUUAUUCUGUCCAAUGUGAAAAAUCUUCUGUCUAGAUCGCCGCCGGAAUGUCUUGACCUACAUUGCUCAUUGAGCCUCAACGAACCUGUUCACUUUGAUGAAUCAGAUAAGAUCUGCAGUAGUCCGACGGAAGAGGUUGAUCACUUCCAGGUCAAUUUUGACCUUGCCGAACGUGAGAAUUCGUUAGACUCUGACUCUCUAGACUGUAACAUAGAAGGAGCCCCUCCUAAAUCUGUAACAUUGCCUAGUGAGACCGUUUCUGCUGGUCUGGAUAGUACUGCCAACAGUCCUAGCUGGGAUGAGGUUUUUGACGAUAUUGUGGAUGAUAAGUCACAUAAAACAGCUAAUCUACCUUUAGAGUCUAAAAUACAGCUCACUAGCUUAGAUGAAAGUGUUGACUUGUUUGGUGAUGAUGAGGCGUUCCUACAGAUAUCAUUACCAAACAUUGAGACUCCAAACAAAGACACUGUAAUUCCAAUCAAGAGACGGGACACUGACCAAAGGAAACAGGUCACACAAAAUGUAGGGGGUGCAUCAAAUAUUUUUAAUUCCGAAGGUUCUUCCAAGAGCCCAGUAGUCUUAGGAAACAAACCACUAUCUGAGCACAGGUCUGAGGCUUUUAAUUAUUCUCAAGACAUUUUUUCUGUGAACUUUGACCUUGGGUUUUCCUUUGAUUCUGAAGAGGAGGAAACCGCAGAACCAGCCUCUGACAUGACCACAGAACUCACAGCUGAUAGAGAGCAGCCGUUCACCUCACUAACCCUGAACAAACCCAAUACAUCUUCCAACAACUUCACUCUUGGACAUAUGUCAACACCCAGGGUGUGUCUAAUGGACAAAAAGCUCCCAUCUCUUACAGCCAAGAGUAACCUGUCGCCCAUAAUCACCGAGCGAGAGAGUUUGGCAAGACCCGAUGCCUCGACCCCAAAUCCAUCAUUUGUGUCUCCAAAAAGCAGAGCUCUAGAACUCUUUCCUAAAGUAUUGAGCUCACAAGCACAGCCACGUGGAACAGGGAACAGAUUGUGUCGGAGGUCUCUGCUUGACGCAAGGAAACCUGUUUAUGAAGACCAUGCUUGUUCAGUAACAGUGAACAGUGAUAGUGAAGAGGAAUCAGUCAUUAGAAAACCCGGGCGUCAAGGCAGAGCCAAUCCCCUGGCAUCUCCAGAUCAAUCAAAAAUCAGUGACGUCGAGUCUCCUGUCCAGGCGCCUAGAAAGCGCGUCGCUCGACUGAAUAUGUCAGAGGAGAGUGGCGGGGAAGCCGCGUCAGAUGAUGACUUUAAGCAAGACUCGUUUUUUCGGCCCAAAGUGUUUCAGCCUCGUAAAAGUUCACAUCCUCUUAAGGUGAAAUCUCAGAAUGCAGUGCACAGAGAUGUGAGGCAAUUCCUGGAUGAAGAGGCAGCGCUGUCUGAAGAAGGAGACUUGGUCUCUUCUGAUGAAUGUGAUGGAGAAGAACUGAACAAGUCUUUGGAAGGGUUUGUAGUGGACAACACUCAAUUCUCUCAAGGUCUUAAUGAUUCGGAGAUGCAUGGAAUUUAUCUGAAAUCUGUAAAAAGCCCUGCCAUUUCAAGCAAAUUUAGAAUGGCGCAUAGACCCGUGCAUAAUCUAAACAUCUUCUCACAGGUCCCUGAGCAGGACGAGACGUAUGAGGAGGACAGUUUUGUGGUCGAUGGCAGUGAAGUCGAUGAAGACUUCGAUAGCGCUUCUGACGACGAAGAGGAGGUCGAGGUCGGGAUUGUCCCCGAAGACUCCUUCGUAGAUGGGAGACGACAGUACACCACACGCCGCAGAGCUCAUCUCCGACAAACUAGGACUGCUGGAGAGACGAGAAACCUCCAAUCCAGAACAACCAAACGCUCCAGAAUCGUCCAAGUGGAGGAUUCGAGUGAAGAGGAAGAGGAGACGGAUGAAAAGAAGAGGAAGAUACUGUAUGCUAGGAAGGCACCCGUUUCAGAUACUGCACCUGGGACAGUUUUUAAUACAGUUCGUCCUCCGUCCCGUUCGCCUAAAUCAGAUCCUGCACGAGCAGGUGGAGAGAAGAGCAGGAAGGAUGCUGUGCCGCAGAAACAGGAGACGGACAGACAGAGGUUCAGUAACCAGGCCCUGCUGUCUGAAGAGCUGGACUUUCAGGAACCUCUGCCCACCACUUGUGUUAAAACACAGGCAGCCUGUUGCAGUACUGCUUCUCUGACCGUGGCCAGUGGUUCUGUUGAUUAUGGUACGACGACCGAUUCCACAAUCAACACCACCCCGGCUUGCGCGUGCGUGCUCGUGGACAGCCGUUGCAUCAGCGCUGGUGCGGACGUGGUGUCUUCCCUCCGACUAAAACACGGCGCAGCCGUGCACAUCUGCUCUCUGGUCAGCUGUGAUUUCAUCGUAAGUAAGCGGAUGGCUGUAGAGCGGCACAGCGAGUCGGAGUUGGCCAGUCUGCAGAGUCGCAAGCGGCUGCAGGAGAGGAUACAGAGCGUGCAGGGUUUAUUUGACCGGGUGUGCCUCCUGGUGGAGAAAGAGCGCACUAAACCGGGAGAGCCGCUGCGUUCGUUCCAGCGCAGCCGUUAUUAUGACGGCACCAUGGCUGCGCUGGUAAG